AAAAAAAUAGGAGAGGGAGAAAAAAAACCUCUGGGCUUGUUAUGGAGUUCGUGUGAAGGGAACACGGAUUUCCACCCGUCUUUACCAGUUAAACCAGUAUCUCUGGAUAGAGCGCACUCAAGUACAGCAACAGUUUUUACCCUUGUGGUCCCUGAUGGCUUCGCACAGUGAUACUCUGGUGGUGUUCUUUGGGGCAACAGCUGGUGCAAAUGGGGGUAAACUGGGUUCGGAUGAGAGGGAAAUAAUUCUCUUGGUGUGGCAAAUUGUGGAUCUACAUGAGAAAAAGGUUGGGAAACUUCAUAGUUAUUAUGUGAAGCCAGACUCUUUGGAGCUGACGGACCAAUGCAAAGAGGAGACGGGGCUGACUGUGGAGGACAUCAUCAAAGCUGAGCCCCUGGACAAAGUUCUGCAGCAGUUUCAGCAGUCUGUCUCAUCAGAAGUGAAAUCCCUCGGCAGGAGCUCCUUCACACUUUUGGUGAACAGUCCCCUUGUUAUCCGGCAGGUCCUCCACCCCGAAGCAUCCAAAAAGAAUCUGGUCCUACCGGAAUGCUUCUUUUCCUUUGUGGACCUGAGGAAAGAGUUUCACAAAUGCUGCCCAAACGCAGGUCCUGCGCAGAAGCAGACACUUGUCUCCAUGUUGGAAUAUGUCGGCCUCCCCGCUGCAUCAGAGCAGUUAACGGGCGUGAAGGAGGUGAGGAGCAUGGUGCAGCUGACGCUCUGCAUCCUGGCUGAACCCUACUGUCACAAAUUCACCUGUGUUGAAACAGUCAAUUACAAGUUUGACUCUGGAGCGUGCUGCAAGACAGAGCCGGUGGACAGUGAGACGGUGAUCCGAGCGCGGGGCCUUCCAUGGCAGUCCUCGGACCAGGAUAUCGCUCGCUUUUUCAAAGGCCUCAAUAUUGCUAAGGGUGGAGUGGCUCUGUGCCUUAAUGCUCAGGGCCGAAGGAAUGGGGAAGCCUUAGUUCGUUUCAUCGACUCUGAACACAGAGACCUGGCUCUGGAGCGCCACAAACACCACAUGGGCUGCCGUUACAUUGAGGUAUACAAAGCAACGGGAGAGGAAUUCCUCAAAAUUGCCGGAGGAACAUCAAAUGAGGUGGCCCAGUUCUUAUCUAAGGAGAACCAGGUGAUCAUCCGAAUGCGGGGGCUGCCAUUCACCGCCACAUCCCAGGAAGUUUUGAGCUUCCUCGGCCCCGAGAGCCCGGUUACAGACGGCGCUGAGGGUCUGCUCUUUGUCAAGUACCCCGACGGACGGCCCACAGGCGACGCCUUUGUCCUCUUUUCCUGUGAAGAAUAUGUCCAGAAUGCCCUGAAGAAACACAAGCAGAUCCUGGGCAAGCGUUACAUCGAGCUGUUUCGCAGCACUGCAGCUGAGGUGCAGCAGGUUCUGAAUCGCUACAUGUCCACCCCUCUGAUCUCCACGCUGCCUGCUUCACCUAUCGUCCCGGUCCUCGCCUCGCAGCCCUUCCUUCCAGCUGCCACCAGCACACGCGACUGCGUGCGCCUCCGCGGCCUGCCGUACACUGCAGGCAUUGAAGACAUCCUGGAGUUCAUGGGGGAGCACACCGUGGACAUCAAACCUCACGGAGUCCACAUGGUUCUCAACCAGCAGGGCCGGCCCUCGGGAGACGCCUUUAUCCAGAUGAAGUCGGCCGAUAGAGCCUUCAUGGUGGCCCAGAAGUGUCACAAGAAGACAAUGAAAGAUCGCUACGUGGAGGUCUUCCAGUGCUCUACAGAGGAGAUGAGCAUCGUGCUCAUGGGUGGAACCCUGAACCGCAGCGGCCUCUCCCCUCCGCCCUGCAAACUUCCCUGUCUGUCCCCCCCCACAGCUUACGCCGCCUUCCCGACUUCCCCCGCUAUUCUCUCGGAGGCAGCUUUCUACCAGCCCCCCCUGCUGGCCGCUCCCAGGCAUCCUCAGACCACCGUAGCCAGCCCUGCUCACACGCUGGCUUACUACCCCCCUCAGCCACAUCUCUACAUGAACAUGAACAUGAACUACACUGCUUACUACCCCAGCCCUCCAGUUUCUCCUUCCACGGUUGGGUACUUUGCGGCCCCCCCAGGCGCUGUCGCAGCGGCAGUGGCGGCCUCCCCCCACCCCGGUGCAGCAUCCACCGUGCUAUCGCAGCCGGGAGCGCUGGUGAGGAUGCAGGGGCUCCCCUACAACACCGGGGUCAAAGACAUCCUCAGCUUCUUCCAGGGAUACCAGCUGCAGCCAGACGCCGUUGUCAUCUUGUAUAACUUCAGUGGCCAGUGCAGUGGUGAGGCCUUGAUCACCUUCCCCAGUGAGGAUCUAGCCAGGCGGGCUGUAGCCGAACGCUCAAACCAUCCAUUCUAUGGUCAGCAGGUCCACCUGAUCCUCUGUCACUGAUGGCUAGCUCUCCGUGUUGCUCAGUUUAACGUCCCCAAGAAGAAUCUCACCAGCAAACGGCUUCAUGCUCCAGUACAUCCCACUUUUUUGCAGGCAUUUUUUCUUUAUUCGCACAAGCUGACACUGCUGAUCCUGACACUCCUGAGUAUGCUGUUAGUUUGUUGCUCAGAUGAAGCAGCUACAUGUUUGGGUUUGUGUCAUCUCUAGGAUGUCUGCAUCUGUAAGGGAACAGGAGGUGUUCUAGCACCUGGACUCACUGUUUAGCGGCGAAACAUGCAGAUAUAUUUAAAUGUUUUCUCACAUAUAAACUGUACAGAUGUUUCCUGAGAUGCUUGAGGCUGUACAAACAACUUCUACACUCAUGCUCUUUUCUGUGCAUUUCUGCAAAUUGAGUCUCAACCACUAGGUGUUUGAAGCUUUUUUGUAAUUAUGCACAUUUUAGGUCAGCUGUGUGUGUGCAUGUCUGAUGUUUAUUAUUUGAUGGCCUCUAGAAUAACAUAAAAAAGCCAUAACUGGUCAUUUUCAUAACUGAGAACUGUUGUCUGAGUUUUUUGGAAAUGACUUGAUCUUCAGGGACUGCAGGAUCAAUAGCUGUGCCUGUGUAAUACUAAGUAAUCUGUGACUUUUGUUCUGUAUAAUUAUAUUUAUAUUGUGGCAUCCAGUAUGCUAACCCAUUUAGGCACUACAAUUUUGUUUUUUCUUUUGAAUUUAUAAUGAACUGUGCUUCUAUAAACAGUUUAGUAGACCAAAUUAAUUCUGUUUUAAUGUAAUUUCUUUACAGAAGUAAAUACUUUGAUAGCAUGGUGACUUUUAUGAUUGUCUGCAGCUACAGUUUUUUUUUUUUUGCCCAAUAACUAUUGGUUUGCUGCAGCUUUAAUGUCUGCACCCAACCUGACUACUGUGUAAAGCUGUGUGACUUUUUCCAGCGAGAAGCCAGCUCGUGGCUGUCUUCUCGUGCAUACCAAGCCUACAUUUCCCAGAGUCCCUCACUGGUCAGAAAUGAGGCUCAGUCGGCCUCUGGUGGCAAAGGAAAUCUGUUUUUUGUUGAGUUUGAGACUCUCAUAGAUCUGUGUAUUAAAUGUAAACAAUAAAAAAGUCAAAACUUGUAA